AUGUCGGCCUCGUCGCGCAGCCUGAGCUCCUCCCCCGAUAUCCUGGGUCCUCCAGGCGAUGCCCAGUACUUGAUCUCCUCGCCGAUUAAACCCUUCACGGGGCGCCAAAGCUGGAUGUCUCCCAUAGUAGCGAAAUCGCGAACUCCGGCCAAGCGACCUCGGCCGCGACCGCGCGUCAGUCUCAGUCCCGCAAAAAGCGCGCAUUCGAUUCAGUUCAACGAUGUCAUACUGCCCGGGUCGCCGACAAUGAAGUUGAAUGGUGGUCGGCAGAGGUCACUCUCUCCGGAGAAGUUUCAGGAGGGGAAUGUCAGCCCGUGGCGCAUCCGACUCACGCUCGAAGCGACGCAAGACGAAGAUGACGAGAACCGGAGUAGCCCGUCGCGCAAACGAUUAAAACCCUCGACCACGACAACAAUGAUACCCCUAAAGGACGAGAGGAGCCCAUUGAAGGAGAAGACGCCCCUAAGGCGGCGAGGGCGUCCACGAAAGUCUGACAUGACUUUGUCCCCGUUCCUCGGGGACGCUGGGCAGACCCCUCGCCCUGGACAUACACCUGGGCCGGGACAUACACCUGGGCCGGGGAGUACUCCUGGCCUACGAAUUGAUCACUCUCAACCACGCAAAAGAGGCCGGCCACGGGGCACGCCCAAACCCAAACCACAGGAUUUCCAGCUGCUGGAUGAUCUGCCAACGCCGACUGUCGAAUAUGAACAUCCCUUUAGUCCGAUGGAUAUCAUUCCCAAUAGUGAUUCCCGCCAAUCCCAGCAAUUCAGUCCUAUGGACACCAUGCUCAAUGAACCUACUCGAGACCAACAUGAAUACAGUCCGAUGGAUACUACAGCUAGUGAAGCUGGUCUAGGCCGCCAAUAUUCCAGCCCUAUGGAUGCCCUCAUCAGCGACGCUGGCCUAGAACAACAACGAUUCAGUCCGACAGACUCUUUCGCUGGGAGCAAUGCGCACGCCAGUCCCUUGAAUCUCGUGGGGGAUGCGGACUCCGAAGAUGACUCUUGGGGGAACUCAGACAUGUCAAUUGCAGAGCUUCCUGACCCAACAGAGCCCAUCACAGAAGAUAUGGGCAAUCUUCGCCGUGAGUAUGGCCGAACGAGCUUGGAGACGCCUGUUAUCGGAGCUACGGAACAUCACUUUUUAGAUGAUGAAAACAUCCACUCUACCCCUUCUAAAAUGCCAUCGCCUACACGCGAGAGAGCAAUAUUGUCAUCAAGGGCCUCUUCUCACAAUACCGCUAGCCCACAAUCGCGCACAUAUCCGACUCCGACCCCCACUUCUUCGCUGGCCGAUGAAGAAAAUCAACCCCAACAAGCCGACGUGGAUCACCCCCCAAGGACAGAGACCCACCAUGCUGGAACUGAUCCUGUUGAAGAUCCCGCGGACGAGUACGACGAAUUCGACACUAUCAUGGAGAGUGAAGGAUUCACUAUGAUUUCCCUUGAUACACUCCCAUCAGCCAAGCAGCAUGGAUUCGGCUCCAGCGCUGUGACGAACGGCGGUCCCAAACCAAAGGAAGUCGGGGAACGGUUGAGACGCAAACUUCCCGGGACGAUCGAAGAUCUCCGAGGUGAUUCUCGUGCUCAAAAGUCAUCCAGUCCAACCACUUCUGCCCUGGGUCCUGGGUUACACGAAAAUACAAGCACCCAUGUGCCGGAGAAGCACAAUGUACAUGAGACUGAGCGGCAAUCUGUUAACUAUGUGAAUGAGAUCACCUACCCUGAACUCCCCGCCGCAUCGUCUCCAUCUAAAUCAACAAUUGUUCCAAAGAAGAGGACAUUCACUAGUCUGGCUAAACUUGUUCGCCUUAGCUUGGCCCUGCAAGGUCCCUUUCGGCCCCAAGAAGACGAGUGGUCAGGCAAGAGUAAUGCUCGUCACAAACGACGUCGGUUGGAGGGUGUUUUCAGCACUUUCAGCGCCGAAACGCAGCGAGAACUCCGAGCGGCUAUGGGGCUAGGGCAGGAGCUUGCUAUGCGUCGAAUGCUCGCCGAGGAAGAUGAGGCUGCGGCUAUAGCAGCAGAUCAUGCAGCAUCUCGUCUCGAGGAGGAACGUCUUGAGCAGGAACAGGAAGAAAAGGAAGCACGUCAUUAUAACGACCUGAAUGAUGAAGAAUUGGAAGAGCAGGAGCACGAUCAGCCCUUUGAAUAUCGAAUCGAGAAGCACGCAGAAUACGCCCAACCAUCACCUAAGUUCAGCAAAUCCAUGCAGCAAAGCCCGAUGUCCCACCAAAAGGCACAGCGGGAGGCACAAUGGCAGCUUGAACGAGAAGCAGUCAGCCGACAGGCUCAAAUGGCUUCAAACUCACGGUCGGUCGUUUAUAUUGAUAGCGAUAAGGAUGCGGCGGAAAAUGAUGGCGAUAUCAGAUUUGAACAUGGACAACAAUUUCAAUCUGAGACCGGAUAUGGAGAUGAGGAACAGCCCAAUUAUUCCUCGCCCGGACCCAUGCCAGAGCCAGCGCCACAUGUGCCCCAACACGUUGAACCCGAGCCCGAACCCGUGGAUGAUGAGGAUGAUGGUUAUGAUGACAUUUGGCAACUCGAAGCCAACGACCACAGCCACAUUUCACAACAUUCGGAGGAUGAUGGUGUGCAAUCUCACCUGCAGCCGCUUGCACGUCCUUUAGGCAACCUUGCUCCAAUUUCCGCAGGUCAAGACUACCUGAGCUCAUCUCCUUACGCUACUUCGGAGCAUGAUUAUGUAGCGCGCUUCGGACCGUCCAAAGUUCGCGAGCUGCGUGAACAAAAGGUUGAUUUGUCUGCUUUGCUUGCAGAAGAGGAUACACCAAACCGUGCACGGUACUACAAUGGAACGAGUACUCCUCGGAGUGUGCUGACUCGCCCAUUGGGGACACAUAAACAAUUCACCAAUAUCUCUCCCAUGAAGGACCCGGUAGCGCGCACCCCAGCGCGUGUUCGUUUACAACCUCUCUCCCAGUCUAGUCCUGAUGUUCCCGGUCCACAAAUCGCGUUCCUUGAUAAGAAGAAAUCCCCAAAGAGUGUGCAAAGAAGCCCGCCUAUGCAGGAACCAUUGGAAGAAGACUAUAAGACCAAAAGCGUUCUUAAUGCUGCUCUCAGCCAAUCGGAAUCUGUCAACGUGGAUUCUACCUCCACCCCACAACCUCAUCAGCUCAAUAGGGAGGAGCCAGGGUCAUCCUGGUUCAGCAAAAUAACCAGUUUCACCCCACAAUGGCUGAAAGCCCCUACACGUGACCGAAGCUCAAGUGUUAGUACUAUUCCAGAGGAAGCAUCUGACUUCGAGGAUGAAGAGGAAAUGGCCAGCAUUGAAUCUGCAAAAGAGCUCGAUGGACAUCUCCAGGAUGAGCCUCUCUCAAAGCAAGCGAGUCAAUCACCCGCAAGUCAUUGGAGACAGCCGUCACGAUCUCAGUCUCCCCGGACCCAGCAAAACCCUCUUCCUACAAUGGAAGAAGAGGAGGACCCGAUACACGAUAGAAGUGCUUCUCGAGAACUUCUAGAAGAAGAGGAGGUGCCAGUUUCUGAGCGGAGUAUCUCUCAAGAUCUCCUAGAGAACAAAGAGGCAGAGCCAGUGAACCACCAGGAUGGGGCGUCUCCAGGGCCACGACCGCUUGCUGUCUUCGGAUACUUUUCCGACGAGCAUUACGCCGCGCUUCGUCGUAUCUACCGAGUUGCCAAGCGAUAUCCUGAGCACUUUGAAUACUACGAUGCUCCAGGGCGGGCUGCCAUCAUCGGUGAUUGGAUAUGGACCUCCGAUGGUCAUCACGGGGUGCCCAUCACCGAGAUCCAAUUUGCCAUCAUUGAUCGCUUUGCCCAAGACCUUGCUCGGGCCGAUAUCCAAUAUGGUGGUGGCGGACAGAUCGAUUGGACAGAAGCUGACCUGCAUCGUAGACUCAUCAGCAUCAUUAUUGGCGAGCAGAUCCGAGAGGAAAGGAAGGCCAAGGCCAACCGGGGUACUUCUGUGGAUACAUGGCGAUGA